AGGUGGUGAGCGGAGGGUUUCCCUAUAUCUAAUCUACUUAGGUGGGGGAUUUAAGGGUAAAAGUUUAUCAACAUUAAAUAACAUUUCAGCUAACAAUUAAAUGGUGCAAAGUGAACCACCUCCACAGGUUAUGAAUGUUAGGAGUUGGAAGGAUUUUUGGUAGUUACUAGUGAAAGGCGAAGAUCGUAAAACCAGAAUGCCUCAACGCAUUUCAACACUCUAUCUCCUCGCUUACAACUCUUGUCAAGCAGUUGGAUGGACCGUUUCGUUAACCGUAAUUCUCUAUAAUCUUCUCUCCACUGCCUCCAUCACCGGAACUUAUGCUUCUGUCGGAACCUUAAUUACUUUUCUGCAAUGUGCUGCAUUCUUGGAAGCUAUACACGGUGCCAUUGGGCUAGUGCCGAGUGGAGCGUUGCUUCCUCUGCUGCAAUGGGCAGGAAGGGCUCACUUUGUGCUUAUCAUUCUUAGGGGAAUUCAGGAGGUCCAGGAGUUACCUUCUGUUUUUAUCACUUUUCUAGUAUGGAGCAUGUCCGAGGUCAUUAGAUAUUCGCAUUAUACUUUCAGCUGUUUAGGAAAUUGUCCUUCUUGGAUCACUUAUAUCAGGUACACUGCGUUUAUUGUGCUGUAUCCUGUGGGAGUGGGUCCUGGUGAAAUGUGGUUGAUGUACCAAGCACUUCCAAUUAUAAAGAAGAAAAAUCUCUUUGCGGAUUCCUUUUCAAGCCUCCCAUUUAGUUAUUAUGAUUUCCUUAAGGUCGUACUUGUAGUUUAUCCAUUCUUGUGGUUAAUACUAUACCUGCAUUUGUUCAAGCAGCGGCGUUCAAAACUUUAUAAACACCGUGACAAGAAAAGAGCGUGAGGGGUAUUAUUCGUUGCUUUUGCUAAAAGACUAAAGAUAUUAACUUUCUGUACCACUGGAGAAAGCAUUCUUAAACUUAUUUGCAUCUAAACUAUUUCCUUUUGACUGAAUAAAAUUGUAGUACCAAAUAAUGGAAUUGUUUUUUGCAAUAAUGAUUUAGAUUGCAGGAGCUGGAAGAUUUGUAUCAUAGUGCAUAUGUUAUUCUGCACAGAAUUCUACAUAAUGGAUUUUGUUGAAGUUGAA